UUCCUCUCUCUGGAAGUGAACCCGGAGCGGAAGUGAAAAUGGAGGGAUAGGGAGAGCGGUAGAGUUUUGUAGGCCGCUCUUUCUCACUCCCCCCCCUUUUCUUUUCUGUCCCUUCUGGAAACGCUCCCACUUUGUAAGGCUUUGUAGGGCUUUGUACCCUACUGGGCCAUGGCAAACCGGACGGUAAAAGACGCGCACAGCAUCCACGGCACUAACCCGCAGUAUCUGGUGGAGAAGAUCAUCCGCACCCGCAUCUACGAGUCCAAGUACUGGAAGGAAGAAUGCUUCGGUCUCACAGCUGAAUUGGUUGUAGAUAAAGCUAUGGAACUGAGAUACACUGGUGGAGUUUAUGGUGGGAACAUAAAGCCUACACCAUUCUUGUGCCUGACUCUGAAGAUGCUACAGAUUCAGCCUGAAAAAGACAUCAUUGUUGAAUUUAUAAAGAAUGAAGACUUCAAGUAUGUGAGAUUACUAGGUGCAUUAUAUAUGAGACUGACUGGGACUGCCAUAGACUGCUACAAAUACCUUGAACCUUUAUACAAUGAUUAUCGAAAAAUAAAAAGCCAAAAUAGAAAUGGGGAGUUUGAGCUCAUGCAUGUCGAUGAGUUUAUUGAUCAAUUGCUUCAUGAUGAGCGUGUCUGUGAUAUCAUUUUACCUAGACUACAGAAAAGAUAUGUUCUAGAAGAAGCUGAACAACUGGAAACACGGAUCAGUGCUUUGGAAGAAGAUAUGGAUGAUGUAGAAUCUAGUGAGGAUGAGGAAGAGGAGGAUGAAAAGCUGGAUAGAGCCCCUUCCCCUGAUCACAGAAGAAGAGGAUAUAGGGAUUUAGACAAACCUCGUAGAUCUCCAACACUGCGCUACAGAAGAAGUCGAAGUAGAUCUCCUAGAAGGCGAAGCCGAUCUCCAAAGAGGAGAAGUCCUUCACCACGGCGCGAGAGACAUCGCAGUAAGAGCCCAAGGAGGCACCGAAGUAGAUCUAGAGAAAGACGCCACAGAUCAAGAUCUAAAUCUCCAGGGCACCAUCGUAGCCACAGACAUCGUAGUCAUUCCAAGUCUCCAGAAAGAUCUAAAAAAAGCCAUAAGAAAAGUCGUCGGGGAAAUGAAUAACCUUAACCUGUUUCAUGAAUUGGAAGCUUUUUUUUUUUUUUUUGUAGAGGAGUUCAUUUGAUAGAUAGAUGCUCCUGUGGCAGCUCAAUGUUUUUUGCAUUGUUUCUUGGGCAAUGUAAGCUCUGAUAAAGUUCAAAGUGAGGACAACAUAUACAAAGUGGAUUUACCCCUAUAGCUCUGUGUGCACCAGCCUCAGUCUCCUUAUUUUUCUGAACUGAUUUGGUUUAAUUACAGAUUUUAAAAAAACCAAUUCUCUAUAUUUAUGGAUCAUAAUUAAGACAGUUCUUCUCACAAUCAAAAUUCAUAGCUCUUCCAUUCAGAUUUUCUAGUCAACAUUAAGGUUGUGUUAUGUAGUCACAGGGUCACUGAGGAUAAUCUACACCAGGGGGUCUAACUUUGACAACUAAGACUCGUGGACUUCAACACCCAGAAUUCCCCAUCCAGCAUGUCCACAGGUCUUAAAGUUGCCAAGUUUGGACACCCCUGGUCUACUCCCAUCUUUUCCCAUUUCGAAUCCUUGCACAUUUAGAUGAUUGAACCAGACUGCAUUUUUAUUCAUUGCCCUGUUUGAUAUCUUUAACUAAAAAUGGACAUCCUUUCAAUGUAUUUUCUGAUCACCCCUGUUUUUUACAACAAUUGUAAAUGUGAAGCAGGAAGAAAGUUUGUCUUGUAAUUUCUUUAUUAAAAAAAAUUGGUACAGAA